CUUGGAUUGUCGAGCGAUGGUUGAGAAGCUGGCGCCGCUGCCGGGCACGAAGCCGCUCAUGAUCUCGAUGCGGGAGAUGGACACGCUCGGGCUCAAGACGGGUCCGGGGCUCAAGGACACGAUCGACUUCAAGCUCUUUGAGAAGCAAGCCAUUUUGGACGAGAUUGCUCAAGUCGGCUUCAUGUGCCCGUUCCAUGCGAUCCGCGCCGACAUUGCCAAGCUCGAAUGCGCCGAGUUGCUGCUGGUCGCUGACCGCGACGAAGUAUAUGGCGAAAACUGGUUCGUCUGCGUGCGUCAAGCCGCGUACGAAGCGCAGAUGGCGCUCAUCAAUGGCCGACUCGCGGCCGCCGAGGCCGCCGCCGAGAGCAAAGACGACGAGAAGAAGCCGAGUGAAGACGAGCUCCUCGAGAUGAUCCAGUACGAAGACAAGCCGUUCAUUGCGCACCCGUGGGUGUCGUCGACCGCCGACGAGACCCACGACCAAGUGCGGUCGCUGACUGUCCGCGCAGCGCGGCCCGUCAUUAGCAUGUCGAUCACGCGCCGCACCGAAGAGUUCAAUGCCGACUACAAGUUUAGCGAUCGAGAUGCGGACCAGUGCUUUGUCGAGUGCCGCCAGCACAAGGACCCAAACUACGAUCUCUCGCGCGUCGAGCAAGACAUUGGUCUCCAGGGGAUCCCCGACCUCGUGGACAAUGCGACGCAGACAUCGUGGUUCCGCGCGGUCAACUCGGCGCUGCAGUACGAGCCGAUCAAAGUACCGAGCGAGGCGUGUGAGCGCGAGCUCCAGUCGUCGCGGCUGCAAACCUUUUUGGCCAACGUCUUGCCGCGCAUGGAGGAGGCGCUGCAGCAGAACGAGACACUCGACAUCUUCCUCGACCCGCUCCAGACGAUGCUCGAAGAAGAGACGGGCGGCCAGCACAAGGCCGAGAACAGCAUCAAGGAGCUUCGGACGUUUACGGAUCUCAUCUACUCGAAGAACAAGACGCUGCCGUCGAUCGAUUGGCAUCCCAAGAAGACGGGUGUCAUUGCCGUCGCGGCGUCGACGAAUGCGUCGUUCUCCAAGCGCGAAGAUGCCACCGACAAGGUCGAGGGGUCGUAUGUGCUCAUUUGGAACUUUGCCGACCUCAUCCACCCACAGCUCAUGAUCGAAGCCCCCCAAGACGUCAUGGCCAUUCGCUUCAACCCGACGCAGCCAGGUAUCAUCGCGGGUGGUCUCUUCAACGGCCAAGUGUGCGUCUGGGACAUCUCCAAGGCCGAGGCGCAAAUGACCAAGAAGAAGCAAAAGAGCGGCCACGCCAGUGAAGAAACAACCAAGGCGAUCCCGCCCGUCAAGCCGCUCCAUACCUCGUACAUUGAUUUGAGCCACCGACGGUCGGUCGCGGACCUCGUGUGGCUGCCCGCCGGCAUGGAAAUCACAAACCGCGGGCACCUCGUAUCGACGCCCGACACGGUGUCGCACCAGUUUCUGACCGUGGCCGGCGACGGGCAAGUGUGCUUCUGGGACCUCCGCUUUAAGGACCCUAAGUACCGCAUGGCCAACCACAACCGCAUCAAGGCGGAAAAAUCCCAAAUGAAGGCUAGCAAAGAUGCCAAAGAUGCGGGGCCCGUCGAAGUCCUCUUCACGCCGCUCUACUCGAUUGCGCUGACCAAAGUCGACGGCGCGGGCGAGCUCGGGCUCAAGUGCAUUGUCAUGGAAAAGACCAAGGACGACCAGCCAUCGAGCCGGCUCUACUGCGGGACGGAAGAAGGUGAAUUCUUGCUCGCGGAUUGGCGCCCGCACGCUUCCAAGGACGACGAUGGACCCAGCAGCAGCAGCAACAACAACUCGUCCGAGGACAGUGUCGAGUACGUUCAGUGGGCGUGCCACGAUCACUUUCGAACGACCGUGAGUUUGAGUCGAUCGCCGUUCUUUCCGCACAUUCAAUUGACGGUCAGCGAAGCGAAUUUCCACAUUUGGAACGUCGCUGGUGGCUCCUCGUCGUCCAACACGCCGAUCUUCAUAUCGCCCUUCUCCCUCGCGCCGCUCAUGUGCGGCUGCUUCUCGCCGACGCGACCGGGUGUUCUCUACAUUGGCAAGGCCGACGGCGUUCUUGAAGUGUGGGAUCUCUUGGACCAAUCCCACCGCGCGUCCUUCUCGUGCAGCAUCGCGGCGUGUUCGCUCACCACGCUCGAGUUUCGGCAGACGCAGGUGGUGGCGCCGGCGCCAGCGCCCACCGUCAACGCCGCGAAUGCGAUGGGCAAGACCCAGGCGGCACCCGUCGCGAAUGCGGCAACCCAAGCCCCCAAGCAGCAGCUGCUCGCCGUCGGCGACGUCAAUGGCAACUUGCACAUUCUCGAGAUUCCACGAACGCUUUCGCGCGGCUCGGCGGGCGAGCGCCAGAUCAUCGAGGGUUACUUCAAGCGCGAGAUCGCACGGGUCAAAGCCGUUGCCGAGUACGCCGAUGUGGCCAUGCGCGCCGCCAACGUGAUUGCCAACGCUGCGUCCAACAAUGGCAACAGCAACAACAACAGCAGCAACACUGGGACGUCGACGCCAGCGACCACGACCAAGCCUCCGGUCGCCGCCGACGCCGAAGACGAUCUCUUCAAAAAGAUGGAAAAGGAGUUCCGGCAAGAGCUUGGCAUCGAUGACAAGUACGUCGAGCAGCUCAUGAAGAGUAAGCAAAACAACUAGGCGACUACUACUGUACAGUAGUACAGGUAGCAUCACUUUGUCUGUACAUGUAUAUCGUACCAGUUUCCAAGGUGCA